AUGCUGGAACUCGGUUCAUGGAAGUUAGAGGGGGGGCGGAAUACAAAGCAAGGCAAGGUGAUGAUGGGUGGAGCAAGACGUCGAUUGAUUGGUGAAGAAAGAAGCAUCGGGCUGUUGCAAGCAUUUGACGACGCGGGAAAAGACGAAUGCCUGGCCGACAGCCUCGAGGUCCAGUGCUCCCCCAGUUUAGAGCCGGUCGACCCGACCCACAUCCUGCAGGUGGACUCCGAGGUCGAACUCAGAGCAACCCUCACGCCCUCCGACCCCUCCCCCGGUCACCUCAAAGGAAGUAGAAUCGAAACCUACAACAAGGAACAGAUGCAUGCCCUCUUCUUCUCAACAGCCAUGCGUUCUGGAAGCAAGCAGAUACACCAUGCAGCUGCUCCCAUGAUACUAAUUAUAACUAAGAUGAUAAUGGGGCCUCAAGAACAUGACGCUUUGGUAGAAAAGUUCCUACGCAGCUGUCCUGAUGUAGGCACCAUUUACUUAUUGAUAAGGGUGAAGAAAGGGCUCUCGACUGAUGAAAGGCUAAAGGAAUUAAUCAGCCAAAGGGUGUUCGAUCUCGUAAGAGAAAAUAAUCCAAACGCCUUCAAGAAACUUCGCAUCAUAUCCGGCGACAUUUUAGAGCCAGAGCUUGGCAUUUCGGAGCAAGAUAAACAGCUGUUGCGAGACACUUGCCAUGUGGUCUUCCACAGUGCUGCUUGCGUCAGAUUUGAUCAGAAACUAAAGGAUGCCGUGGCAAUGAACACCACAGGAACAUUGCUUGUGCUGCAGCUUGCCGAGUCAAUGAAAAAGCUCGAGGUAUUCGUACACUUAUCAACAGCAUAUUGCCGCUGCCACCUGGAUGUGCUAGAGGAGAAGCUGUACCCUGCCGUGCACAAACCUCGUCGCAUUAUGGACAUCACACAGUGGAUGGAUGACGAGCUGCUGGAUCACUUAGAGCCAAAAUUAAUUCAGUCCGAGCCGAACACUUAUUCUUACACCAAAGCAAUCACCGAGGACCUCGUGGCUGAGUAUGGGUCAAAGUUUCCAUUAGCGAUCGCCAGGCCAUCUAUUGUACUAUGUGCGUGGAAAGACCCGUAUCCUGGUUGGGUUGAUAAUUUAAACGGUCCAACAGGUUUACUAAUCGCCAGCGGAAAAGGUGUAAUCCGCACAAUGCACUGCGAGCCAUCGUACACAGCGGACGCGAUGCCCGUCGAUGUCACCGCCAAUGGCUGUAUUCUACUCGCAUACGCCACUGCUCUUGACAAGCCAAAAGAAGUUCGCGUGUACAAUAUCACCUUGUCUGGGAUGAUUAAAAUUAAGUGGGAAGACAUCAUUGAAUUAGGUCGUAAAUGGGUAAACGUAUACCCUCACACGGUAGCUUUGUGGUACCCCGGUGGUUCCGUGAAAUCGUACUGGUGGACCCAUCAGCUUUGCGUCAUUUUCCUUCACAUCAUACCGGCCUAUUUUAUAGAUAUGCUGCUGUUUCUUUUGGGAAGGAAGACUUUCAUGGUGAAUCUCCAAAAACGCAUCAGCCACGGCUUGAACGUGAUUCAAUAUUAUACGACGAAGGAAUGGUACUUCACUAAUAACAAUUUCAAGGCGUUGCGCGAUCGCAUAAGCAAAGAAGACGACGAGACAUUCUACACGGACGUAACCAGUGUUGUACCGGACGAUUUCUUGCGAGACUACGUAUUGGGGGCACGCCAGUUUUGCUGCAAAGAAGAUCCUAGCACUUUGCCUCGUGCUAAAAAGUUGCAUAAAAUACGCUACAUAGCAGAUGCGAUAGCGAAAAUAGUCCUGCUAGGACUGCUGCUCUGGUUCAUGUACUCCUAUUCCCAUUUGUUCUCCACCGUCGUUGGAACACUGGACAGCACAUUGAAGAACCUUUCGCCCAUAGACCAGGUUAAAGCUGAAGGAACUACUAUUACGAGUAGUAUAUAGGAUUAGAAUACAAAUAAAAAGACGGUGUUCUGUUGAUAAAAGAAAAAAAAAGAAAAGAUUUUUUAUUGAUUGUAGGCAAAUACACGAAAUAAAGAAACUAGUGGAUAGAGCCGGUAGGUUUAUAGCGCCCAAGUGCAAUCAAUACCCUGGCGCCAUCUAGUAGGCACGCGAUCAAAAUACUUUGAGACCCCACUAGCGUUUUUGGCGCACGCACAGCGUCGAUACCACGUCCGUGCGGCGGCGACGCAACGGGGCGUUUCGUAUACCCGACUUUAUUUAUUUUAUUUUAUUUUUUAUUAUUUUUAUUAUUUUUUACUCUAUUUUUUUAUUAAGAGUUUUGGCUUGGAUACGAGUACUUUGAGCCAUAUCGUCAUUUAAUUACACUUUUAAUUACAUUUCUACAACAUUGUU